GUCAUGCAAAGGCGUGGCAACUAAUUUGUUGUCCGCGAUGAAAGGAGAGCGAAUGGGGGAAGUGGAGGGAGAAAGGAAAACAGAGAGAGGAGCGCGGAGAAUUGAGUAGCAAGGGGGGGCGUGCCAGGCGGCCCCCCUUGGCCUUUGGGCGACGGUCUUGGCCGGAGCCAGGCACGCAGGGAAGCUGAAGCCACGCCCGCGGAUAGGCGGUUGCUCCUUCGGGGAACGCUUGACCCCGCUCACCUGCCGCCCGGCCAGAUGGCCCUGGUGGACUCGGUGGACUUCACGGACGUCGCGGCCCAGCCCGUCGGAUUGGACUUCAUGGCCUCCUCGCCUGGCAGACCGCCUACGGAAAUGUUGUCUACCGCGAAUGUGGCGAAUGUGAUGUCCUGGCAGUCUACGCAAGCAAAAACGACGGCCAGGAGAAAGAUUUGGCCGACCCUCUCCAGCGUCUGGCUUCCGAGCGUGAAUCUGACCAUUAAAUACACUGCCGAAAAGGCCAAUUAUCACCUCGAAGAGCACGGGGAACAUGGCAGCGGUAGCACCGUUUUCGUAAGUGUACUGGAGGAGGUAGGCGCAAUGGGCAAACACCAGCAAGGACACCGCCAAUGCCCAACUUUCGACGAAUGGGAACAAGUCGGGCGUGGUAGGGUUGACGCCGCCGCUGAUCGCAAGGAGGAUGACGAUCACGACAAUGCUGGCGGUUCCUAUUAGAUACUUCAGGAAACCAUGGUUGUUCAUAUACUCGUGGAUCGCACGAGCGAUCACGUGCAAGGUGAGGGCGGCGCAGCACAUGGUGAAGCCGACGGUCACGACGCCACCGCAAGGCUGGAUCUUG